AUGUCACAGAAUCUUUUAGCAACUUAUGUGACGGAUGGUUUGGCUGUGCCCUUCCUCCAUCCGAGCGACGGUAUGGAGAUCCCUGUGACGGCAAUAACAAAUAUGCCUGGGUCGAGUUCUAACAAAUUUCUGAUUGCAGUUAUAGUGUGUCCCACACUUUCCAACCCUUCAAACGGUGGCGUAAGCUACAGCUCCAUGUACUACGGAGAUGUGGCUUCCUACUCAUGUGACACAGGAUACAGCCUGAAUGGCUCCUCUUCACGUAGCUGUCAGCUUACAUGGACCUGGAGUGAAAGUGAACCAACUUGCCUGGUUGUAGAGUGUCCCGCACUAUCCAACCCUUCAAACGGUGGCGUAAGCUACAGCUCCAGGUACUACGGAGAUGUGGCUUCCUACUCAUGUGACAUAGGCUACAACCUGAUUGGCUCCUCUUCACGUACCUGUCAGCUUUCAGGAAAUUGGAGUGAAAAUGCACCAACGUGCCAGGAUCAGGAAUGUCCGCUGCUGACAGCUCCUGCAAACGGUGCAAUGACUGGAUCCAAUUUCUACCAAGAUGUGGUAGAGUUCACGUGCAGUUCUGGAUACAGCCUUGUAGGAAAUCCCGCAUUAACCUGCCAAGCUGAUGCCACAUGGAAUGGAACGGUCCCAACAUGUACACGCAAGGAAUGUCCGGUACUGACAGCUCCUGCAAACGGUGCAAUGACUGGAUCCAAUUUCUACCAAGACGUGGUAGAGUUCACGUGCAGUUCAGGUUACAAUCUUGUGGGGAAUCCAACAUUAACCUGCCAAGCUGAUGCCACAUGGAGUGGAACCGUCCCAACAUGCGAACGCAAGGAAUGUCCGCUGCUGACAGCUCCUGCAGACGGAGAAAUGACUGGAUCCAAUUUCUAUCAAGAUGUGGUACAGUUCACGUGCAGUUCUGGAUACAACCUUGUAGGAAAUCCUACAUUAACCUGCCAGCCUGAUGCUACAUGGAGUGGAAGCGUCCCAACAUGCGAACGCAAGGAAUGUCCGCUAUUGACAGCUCCUGCAAACGGUGCAAUGACUGGAUCCAAUUUUUACCAAGAUGUGGUACAGUUCACGUGCAGUUCUGGAUACAACCUUGUAGGAAGUACUGCAUUAACCUGCCAAGCUGAUGCCACAUGGAGUGGAACCGUCCCAACAUGCGAACGUAAGGCUAAAUAAAUCUUUCAAUUACUUUUUUUUUUCUUUUGCGUUGUAACUCUGUUUUUUUUGUCCUACGUGGCACAGUUGAUGUAUGAUUCUGGUUACGACGUCGAAGGUAAUUCUGUAUUGACCUGUCGAGCUGAUGCGUGGCAUAUGUUCAUACUUUAUGUUCCAGGCAAGGAAUGUCCGGUACUGACAGCUCCUGCAAACGGUGCAAUGAGUGGAUCAAAUUUCUACCAAGAUGUGGUAGAGUUCACGUGCAGUUCUGGAUACGGCCUUGUAGGAGAGCCUGCAUUAACCUGCCAAUCUGAUACCACAUGGAGUGGAACCGUCCCAACAUGCACAAGCAUGGAAUGUCCGGUACUGACAGCUCCUGAAAACGGUGCAAUGACUGGAUCUAAUUUCUACCAAGAUGUGGUACAGUUCACGUGCAGUUCUGGAUACAAUCUUGUAGGAAAUACUGCAUUAACCUGCCAAGCUGAUGCCACAUGGAGUGGAACCGUCCCAACAUGCGAACGCAAGGAAUGUCCGGUACUGACAGCUCCUGCAAACGGUGCAAUGACUGGAUCUAAUUUCUACCAAGAUGUGGUACAGUUCACGUGCAGUUCUGGAUACAACCUUGUAGGAAAUACUGCAUUAACCUGCCAGGCUGAUGCCACGUGGAGUGGAACCGUCCCAAUAUGCGAACGCAAGGAAUGUCCGCUGCUGACAGCUCCUGCAAACGGAGCAAUGACUGGAUCCAAUUUCUAUCAAGAUGUGGUAGAGUUCACGUGCAGUUCAGGUUACAAUCUUGUGGGGAAUCCAACAUUAACCUGCCAAGCUGAUGCCACAUGGAGUGGAACCGUCCCAACAUGCACACGUGUGCAGUGCCCAAUGUUGCCGUCUCCCACUAAUGGUGAAUCGACUGGCAACAACUUCUACAUGGACACAGUCCAGUUCACGUGUCUCAUGGGAUAUGAUAUGGUCGGACAUCCCAGUUCCACUUGUGAAGCAGAUCAAUCUUGGAGCAAUAACGCCCCCUCAUGCAGCGACAUUGAUGAGUGUUCAGCUGCAAAUGGUGGCUGUGACCAUGUGUGCACCAACACCAUGGGUACCUUUCACUGCUCCUGCGUAACGGGCUUCAACUUAAAUGCAGACGACCUUUCUUGUGAUGAUAUCAAUGAAUGUACCUUUGGAAACGGUGGGUGUCAACAAAAUUGCAUCAACAUCAUGGGAAGCUUCCAAUGUUCCUGCCAGGCAGGCUACAGGUUGAAUGACGAUGGUUUUACUUGCAAUGACGUUAACGAAUGCUCUACAGCAAAUGGGGGUUGUCAGCAGAUAUGCAUUAACCUCAUCGGAAGUUUUGUCUGCUCGUGCCUUAAUGGAUAUAGCCUUAACAGCGACCGGGUUGCUUGUGAUGACGUGGAUGAGUGUGGUACUUUAAAUGGUGGCUGUGAGCAGACGUGUACCAAUCAUAUCCCGAGUUUCCAAUGUCUGUGCGAUGCAGGCUACAUACUGAAUGCCAACGGGUUCUCAUGUGACGACGUGAAUGAAUGUCUAAAUGCGAAUGGUGGUUGCGAGCAGUCUUGUACCAACACCAUCGCCAGUUAUGGCUGUUCGUGCGGACUUGGCUACAGCUUAAAUGACAAUGGGGUUUCGUGUGACGAUAUAAACGAAUGCGAUAGUGCCAAUGGCGGUUGCUCCCAGGAUUGCAACAACACCAUCGGUAGUUUCCAGUGCUUCUGUAGCACAGGCUAUAUGCUGGAUGUCGACGGGUUUGCCUGUGAUGACAUAAAUGAAUGUGACGCUGCAAACGGAGACUGUGGACAGUUCUGUAACAACACUGAGGGGAACUUCAGCUGUUACUGUGCCACUGGUUACAGUCUGGGGGCGGACCGUUUGACUUGUGAUGGGCUCCAGCCUCCCACCAAUGUCUCCUUUAGUUCGGAUAGCCAUGAGUCGGUCACUGUUCAUUGGUCACAUCCUGGUCGAACCCUGGUGCUUGGCUACAGGGCGUGGUUGACAGACAAGGAAACUAUGUCCAUGAUUUCUUCACGGCACCUUCCCCAGACAGCUACGUCGGCUACCUUCACUUCUCUAGUUCCUGCCACGGAGUACGUGUUAGCCGUAAGCUGUAUCAGCGAGUUCCUUGAAGGACCACAGACAGAAUUAACAAUAAUAACAGAGACCGACCCUCCGGUGCGUCUAUUUGCGGACGGCAUACAUCACAACAGUUUGGCCUUGUUCUGGACCCCGCCUGUUGCCAGGCUCACGGGAUACGAACUCACGUACGGCAGCACAGAACGACACAGAAAACGAAGAUCCACAACUUCCGUCAUCCUACCUGGUAACAGCGAUAACUAUCUGGUCCAAGACCUGGUCCCUGCCACACAGUACACAUUCAGCUUGACGGCGGUCAGUCGUUUUGGGCGGAGCACAACAAUAACGUUAACGGCAACAACAGGCACGGAUCCACCAUUAAAUUUCAACGUUCACAAGGUUUCCUCCACCUGGAUGCAUGUAAAAUGGACACCACCUGUAGCAGCUGUUGUCUCCUAUGACCUUGAGGUAGUAGAAGCUGCAGGCCAGGUCGAAACUACGCACUUUAGCAUACCCCCUUCUUUAACUGCUUUCAACGUAACGAAUCUCGUCCCAACGGCAAUGUACAUCAUCCGGAUUGCAGCAGUCAGUGUGUACGGGCGAAGCGUCAGCAUCGCGACCUUUGGCAGUACAGAUUCUACACCAGAAUUGAAACGAUUUGUACUACAGGAACUCGAAACAACAUCGAUGGCUGCUAAAACAGGUAUCGGGUAUGACAGAGGGGCGGAUCAUACUAUAAAACCAACGCUAAGUAUCGUUCAAAGGAUAAGACAUCUGGAAGAUCAAGUGGAUAAAUCCUUGCAAGAAGAAACGUCUUCGGAAAAUGUCAUCAACAUCAUAAGAGAAAUCUAUAAUCUGUUCCAAACGGGAACAUUCCCAGUGUCUUCAACUGACUUUCCUAUUGAACUGGAAGCAGCUAUAGAACUGUUUAGGAAGUCUUCGGAACUCAUAAGGGCUUCACAGAAUACAAAAAUAUCAACGAUGGAGACAGUAAAUAAGAUCGCAGUACACACAGUUUCCAGUCUGGUCCAGAUGCUGCCUGUAGGACAUUUUACGAUUCUUGACGCCUCUGCGGGUCUUUUCAAAAUGGACGUCAUCGAUAUCACCUCGGUAGAUGUUUCCCCUAAACAACAGCUGAAGGCCAUUAGAGACAAGCAGCUAAAUUUUCAUCUUAAGCUUCGUCAAGCUGGCUUGUCUUUGACGGAAGCCAUCGAGAGAUCCGCAAACGCUUUACUGGCUAUAUUGCCAAUUGCGAAGGAGUACUAUACGACAUUUCAAGACGAAAAUGUCAUGGCAGUGUUAGCAAGAUCAACCACCGGUAAUGGCGUGAUACUCAGUAGGAAUGAAGUAAACAUCUCAGCCUCUAUUAUAAACUGUUGGUUUAAUGGCAGUGCAGAUGCUACGAUGGUAAUAAUGGAGAGGAACCUGUUUUCCUGGAACAUAUCCACAUCUGGGCAAAAUGUCACCACACCUAUAAUCAUAUUUUCGUUGGGAGGUCAACACAUUAAAAACUGCAGUAUGCAGCUGGAUUUCUCGAUUCCAAUGGCAUUUGAACGAACUGAGGGACCGAGGCGUAGACGUAGAGGUCUGCAGGGAGAAGGACUUAACGAGACGCAGUUCGGAGUAAGUGGUACGUUGCAGGGGUGGGGUGGAAACCUGACGAUGGCGUACCAUGCGUUCGAUGUCCCAGCUUCUACUGUUGUGGUUGUUAUCCGGCUGUCGUGGUGGGAUCACGCUGCAGCCUACAGGGUCUUCCUCCGUUACGACUCACCACCGACAGAGGAGCUGUAUGACGACAUGCACAUAGCCAUGGAGGAAGAUGUUGUUCUAGCCUGGCACAGAGGAACAAGGAGCCUGCGGACAUGGAUACCCGCUCUCGAUUCACGCAGGGGAAAACUGUACGUUGGGAUACAGGCAGCAGAUUACGAACUGCUGGUAUCAACAGUUCUCUUGGAUCUAUCCAACAGUGCCAUUAGAUGCAAUUGCAGCUUUCCCGGGCUCAAGGCAGUCGUCGGUGCCAGCGUACACUUUCCUCCAAAUUCUAUUGACUUCGACAACGUCUUUGGAAAUCCCGAGAGCCUGAAUGACAACAACAUUGUGUUUUACGUGGUUAUCGGCGAGUGGGCUCUCUACCUCUUGUUGAUGAUCUUCCUCAAUAUGGACUUUCAGCGUCUGCGAGAGAAGAUGAGACAUAAUUCAACCGCUCCCAACAGGAAGGGCCAGUUGGCACAACUGUCCAUCCUUCCGCCAGACAGGAUGCCGGCCCCGUGCCUGUAUCAGAUCACCGUAAAUACUGGCUCUAUGUUUGGUGCCGGCACCUCGGCACGGAUUGGGUUCCAAGUGUUUGGAUCGAGGUGCAAGACCGCAGUCAAAACGUUAAAUCCCAGAGGAGAACUAUUACUUCGUGGUGGGUCGUAUGACUUCAUUAUGCCGACGAAAAAAACACUUGGCCAUUUGGAAGUACUACAUAUCUGGCACGACAACACUGGUGGUGGUUACGCUGCCUCUUGGUACUUGAGAGACAUUAUCGUUAAGGAUAUGCAAACGGAGUCCGGCUUUUCCAAGUCAGAACGACUGUCUUGCUGCUUUGCCGUUGCCAACAGUAUGAUGGUGGCCAGCGCCAUGUGGUUCAUGGAUGACGGCGAUAAUUACACCAGAAACAUCGUAUAUAACCUUGGAUUUAUACAAUUUACCUUACAAAUAUUCAUCCUGGCACUGAUAAUUACGUUGAUCUGUAAACUACUGACACCUUCCAACAAACUGAGGACGUACGACAUUAAGGAAGAAGAGCUACAUGUCCAUCUUUUGAAUGGCAAAGCUACAGAAAAGGUUUACCCACCUAAAGCUUCAGCCGUGCGGAUGACGAUUAAAAGGAAGAACUUGCAGCGGCAAAAAUAUUUCUCUCUUCUGAAAAACGCCACCAUCAUGGUCCUUUUUGUCGGUGUUCUGUACUUCAUAAGCCAGCAGAACAAAGACCCAUACGCCUUCCAUGCAUCGCAGGCGUUAUCCAACAGACUCACAGAUCACUUUGAUUCGAUUACGACGCCAGAGGACUUCUGGAUGUGGAUAAAUCAAGUCCUGUUGCCUAUGUUAUACCCCUCGAUCUGGUAUAACGGGUGGAAGAUGAAGUACCUUGACCAACAGUUUCCAAUUUAUACCGAGGCAUUCAGAAUCGGCCCGCCACGACUUACUCAAAUGAGGCUUCCUACCACCCUGAAUGUGGCCCUAUCCACCCUGACUGAUCUUCAAGAAAACGAUUGGAUCGACAAAUACACCAAGCGUCUGGAUCUGGAACUUUCCUUCUACUUCCCCUCCCGUAAGCUAUUCAGCACAUUGAAAAUGACCGUACAUCGAGAGGAUAUUGGCCAUCUUUCAACGUCUGUAGUUGUGGGAACACACAGACUAUUCCAGUAUGAAAAUAUAUCUGAUUAUGGCAUGAUGGCAGCCCACAUUCUCUUCAUAUUGUUGUUUCUGAUUUACCUCGUCAAAGAAGCGACAGCCUUCAAGAAGGACGGAAGAAGAUAUUUUGGUUCCAUCUGGAAUCUGAUGGCAUCUUUUAGCAUACUGGGAUCCGCCGUCGCCAUCUGUACGUUUGUAAUAAGGCACCACUUCGCAUCUGCAGCAUUGGACAAGAUAGUGCAGGCAACAGGUGAACUUGGAAUUGAUCGGUUUGUCGACUUUGGGUCAGCUUUUUGGUGGGAUGAAACCUUCAAGUAUGUGCUCGCCGCUGUGGUCUUUGUAAACACAUUGGCGCUACUCCGCGUGGUCAACUUCAACAAGACCCUGGCCCAUUUUCUUGCUCUACCGGGUGCCAUGAAGAACGAUCUUAUCGGGUUUUCAGUUAUAAGCGCCGUAGCUUUCAUGGCCUUCAGCUGUUCAGGAAUGGUGGUAUUUGGGACACACUUGAAAGCCUUCAGCAAUGCCCUACACACCAAUUUCGCCUUGUUUGAGAUGUUGCUGGGCAGGUUCGUUGCCCAGGAGAUAUUGGACGCAAAUCGAUAUGUCGGACCGGUCUACUUCACUUUCUUCAUGGUACUUAUCUUCAUACUUCUCGUCAACUUCCUCGUGACCAUCAUCUGUGAUGCCAUCGCUUCUGGUGACUCCAUUGAUGACGACUAUGACCAGGAUCUUGUAGACUACAUCUGGACAAGCUUCAAGGAGAUGUUAGGGAUCCAUUCCCCUCCACCGCCUGAUGUAACAACAGAUGAAGACAAGCUGUCCGAGCUAAAUGCAAACUUGCGUAAGAUAGAAGACUCUUUGGAUGAAACUUUAGAUUUCACAAAGUGUCUGUGGCCAAAGAUUAAGACCAGAUCUGAGGUUCCGUGCUCAUCAUCAGACGGUCAGUAUGUCAAACAUCACUCUACUACGCUGUCUUCAGACACUUGUCAGAUAAUUCACGAAGAUGUUACAUCGCUGGCUAUUCCGGCGGUACCGGAUGUUCAAGAACAGGUCCAAUGCCUUCUCAAAGUUCAUGAAGACGAUACAGCCAGGCUCGCGGAACUGCACGACGAGAGCAGACGACGUGCCGAAGCGAUCCUCCAGAGGAAACUAGCAGAGAGAAGGGGGAAGUCACAGCUAGAACGUGAUAAACAGAAACAGCAGACCAUGGUGGAAACGGCUAAGGACCUGAUAGAGCAACACGCAGCUAAUAAAUCACGGGUAGAAAAACGUCAGAGGAACGCAAGGCGCCUGUUUGAGAGCAAAUUGCGACAGAAGUUGGCAGCACGCAGGGUACAAAAGAAGGACAACAUUUGA